GGAAGUCGCGCUUAAAGUGUCUUAAUUAAAAUAAAUAUUAAUAUUAUUAAAUAUUACAGUAGAUAAUUAAUGAACAUCAUUUUUUAAAAUUAAAUACCUGCUAGUUGAGUGUAUUUCCCAUCUUACAUUCCUGUAAAUUACACCACUGCUACCAUAAGGAAAUAAUUGGGACAGUAUCAUGGCAUCAGCGGAAGGACCAAUUGCUGCAUUGACAAGGGAGUUCAGUGAGAGGAUGGCAAAAUUUGAGGCUGAAUAUUUAAAUAAAACACCAAACACUGCAGCACCCGAUGGCACACCAAGUCUGGCACCGGAUUACUUGGAGUUUAAAAAAUUUAUUUUUGACACUCUUGAGUGCCUUCAACAGCAGAUGGAGACGUAUGGAAGGGAGAUAGAUGCUCAGGAGAUGAGAAGCCGCAGAAAAAUUCUUCUCGUCCAUGGGGUUCCAGAGCAGGUGAAGGAGGAUACGCAACUGAUGGUAACGGAAGUCAUCCAGAAUAGGCUGGAUUUGAAAACUUUCACUGCCUCCUCUAUAAGCAGGUGUCACCGGGUUGGCAGCCGAGCCAGGAAUAGUGGUCACCGUCCAAUACUGCUGAAAGUUAGAGAUGUCAACAUUAGAGACACAGUCUGGCACUCCAAAACUAAGCUUAAGGGCUCAGGUAUAACCUUGUCCGAGUUCUUGACAAAGACACGACAUCAGGUGUUUAUGGCUGCACGGGAAAAAUUUGGCGUGGCUAACUGCUGGACAGAGCGGGGCUAUAUAUUUGUUCUCGGACCAAAUGGUAAAAAGCACCGCAUCGUGAGCCACCGCGAGCUGAGUGCGAUCGGUGAACCAGCGUCAAACUCCGUGCCAUGUCCUGCACCAGCGUCCGAGCGGUGUCCUGCGCCAGCCUCCAGCCGAUCUCCUGCAGCAGUGGCCUCGAAGGCCUCCUCUGCGGGACCACGGCGUGCACGUGCGGCAAUUAGGAAAUGAUUCUAGUGAUAAGUACUGCGAUGUCUGGACAACAAGUCCAUUUACUUCGUUCACUUUCCUUAAUUCUAUAUAAUUUUCACUUUAUACU